CCAAUAUCCAUUUUUGAAGCUUCUUACAGCAGCGAAAUAUACUUCUUAAAAGAUAAGUAUAUUUUCGUAAGAACAGUUUUGAGUAACACAGUAACAUAAAGCGAGUUUUUGUGCAUGCGCAACUGUAUACAACAGCAUCAUUUUUUGUGGUUCGUAUUUAAAAAAAGUUUUGAUUUUUGCACAUUUACAACACGAAAACGAAAACCUACUUACUACCGUCACUAUUUUUCACGUUUUUGUUUAUUGUUUCCUCCUCGCUCAUCUACUAGUCAUAGUCUGCAAAGUUUUUGCCGAUUUUGAAAUUUUUACCUUCGGGUGGUGAAUGCCCUCUAGCUCGCUGCGGUCGGUGAACAUCUUCUCAUAUCGUGCGCUAGUGGUUGAUUGGGGGCUUUUAUUGAAUUGCUUUCGAGAAAAUCUAUCA